GUCAAGGUUUUCAACUCACCAAAAAAGUAAACCCAUCCGCUCGUUCGCUCGCCGUCUUGUGAUUUUUCUCCUUGUUUCUUAUUUUCAUGAAAAAUAACGGAAAAUAGAAUGUAACUGUAAAUUUCUCUCACACAAUGGAUUUCAAUUAGCUCCAAGUAUCAAUAUGUAUAUGUGUUAAUGACUCCCUUUUCUUCAAUCUGUUUAUCAUGUGUGGCAAAUACAUCAAUAAAAGAAUGAAACAUACUUACGUUUUGUAAUAAACUAGAACAGCGAUUUGGAUCAAGAUGGAGCACUCAGACUUGGUGUCUGAGAUGGCCCAGGUGGAACACCUCACCACGCAGGAGAGGCUCCAUCUAGCCCGCAGACGACGCAUGCAGCAGCUAAAACUAUGGCAGCAACGAGAAAAGGAAUGGCUGCGAUCGCGGGCGAAACGGGAGAAAAGCAACAAGCGGAGCAUAUACUUUAGUGAUAGCGUUAUGUUGCUGGAAGCCGCAGCCAGGAACGAUAUAGACGAAGUGCGGCGGUUAUUGUCUCGCGGCGUGACGCCGGACGCGACGAACGAAGACGGGCUGACCGCCCUCCACCAGUGCUGCAUAGACAACAACGAGGCAAUGAUGAGGUUGCUACUCGACCACGGGGCUAACGUCAAUGCCGAAGACAGCGAGAAAUGGACGCCUUUACACGCCGCAGCCACUUGCGGGAACCUCAACUUAGUGAGAAUCCUUAUACAACGGGGUGCGAAUCUUCUCGCUGUCAAUGGAGAUGGUAACAUGCCUUACGACAUUUGCGAAGAAGAACGUACACUGGAUGCUAUUGAGAGCGAGAUGGCAGCCCGUGGAGUGACGCAGCGACUGAUAGACGACACCCGAGCGUCCACAGAAAUGAGAAUGUUAAGGGAUGUCGAUGAUUUAGUGAAGGCGGGCAUGGAUUUAGAUGAGCCGAGGGAUAAUCAGGGUGCCACGCUUCUACACAUAGCAUCAGCGAACGGCUACCUGAAGGUGGUGGAGUACCUGCUGGAGCACCGCGCCUCCACCGACGUGGUGGACCACGACAUGUGGCAGCCCGUCCACGCCGCCGCCUGCUGGGGACAUCUAGAAGUUCUAGAACUAUUAGUACAAUAUGGAGCUGAUCUCAAUGUCAGGAAUAAACACGACGAGACGCCAGCGGAUAUCUGCGAGGAAGGUGAGCUACGGGCCCGUAUCCUACGCCUGGCGGCCGACCAGGAGGAGUUACGUCGUCACGCCGCCGCCGACCGCCUGAGGACAGCGCGGCGGUCUUCAUCCAGCGCCUCCACUAGCCGCAGGGUGCGGUCGGUGCGGCGUACGUCGCUGCGCGAGAAGCAGCUGACGGCCAAGGCCGACGUGCGCGGCGAGGCCAGGCUGCGCGAGACCUUCGACUCCGCCGUCGAUGAUGAGCUGCAGGGCCUAUCAAAUGGCGUGGAAAACGACCAGAAUACCGCAAACUUACAACCGGGCGAGUUGUCACACAAGCGGCUGUCGAACAGUUCCACCACGUCCAACCAGAGUUACGACUCGACGGUGGAGUACGCGGUGCCCAAGCACUCGUACAGCCAGCGCGCCAGCGACGUCAGCGACCACUCCGACCUGCUGCCCUACGGCCCUCAGAAGACCUCCAACCCUCUGUUCGGAGUGAACGCGGCCUCGCACUACGCGCCCGGCGCCCUGCCCGCCUCGCACCACGAAGCCGUCAACGAACAAAACAAACACUACGAAAGAACGAGCUUACCGAACGGCGUCAGAAAGGCGCCCGAGGGCCAGGACAAUGACGUUAUCAAAAACGAGGACGCCUUAGACGGUAGGAAAGAGGUGAUAGUGAACCCCAACCAGAUCGCGAUCACUGAAGGCGGCACCGCGACCUACACCACAGACAAUAAUGGUAAAAUCAAUGUUCAUGUCACCGUCAUGAUUAACGCAGGCACUCUCGCAGAUUUGAAGAAGCAGCGCGCUCAGAUCAGAACGAACGGCAGUCCGGUGGAGAGCAGCCUGACGUCGACGAACAACCACAGCAUGAACUCGCUGUCGGAGGUGUCUAAGCAGGACAUGCCGGUGCAGCUGAACCCGCUGAGCCUGUCGCCCAGCGCCGGCACGGUGCCGCGCUUCUCCGGCAACACCAGCGACGUGGUCGGCGACACGCGCUCGCGCCGCUGCUGCAUCAUCAUGUGAGCACGAACCUUGCCGAACAUAGUCGAAGCGUACCGAACGUGUCAUGGUGGUAAGCGUACAAGUCUGAUUGUCAUUCCAAAAUAGUUUUUGAUCGGCUUUUAGACCGCAACGACGGUUGACUUUUUGCGUUAGCUAGCCUUGUGAUUUUGGCUCUGAAGAUUAUGAAAAGAAAAGAUUGAUUUUUAUUUUAUUAUUAUUUGCCGCGACUGAAAUGUUGUUGCACGUCAAAAAGUCAAUCGACGGGUUGUUGGUCAGGUAUAGAGAAAUAAAGUAAUAUGUUGAAUGUUGCCGAUGGAGUAUUGCCAUGUUUGCUCACAAAGCAAGGGCUUGCCAAUGGCUGGAAAACAGUGUGAUAGAUAUAUAAGAGCUCAACAACUAUUGUAUUCUUAGCGUUAAGGAAACUAUACGGUUGCUAAUAUUUUAUGUAGUGUUAGAAGUGAAUCCUAUAUUGCAGUUAUUGUCAAAUAUUUAAGUAUUGUAUUGUAAAAUAGUUCUUGUCUUAUUAUUCCUGAACAUUCCAUUAUUAUUUAAAUAUAUUUGUUGAAAUAUUUUAUUUUAUUGUAAAUAAUUUAAUUUCAUUGUUAAUUUGAAUGUUGCAGUAUUCAUUGAGUGAAAAUGUUUCCAAUUAUUUUAAUGGUACAUAAAAUGCAUAAUAAGCAUUUUAAACAGAACAAACCAUAAUUCGCAAUAAUACAUAAUAAUCGUAUCGAUUGUUCGGAAGUGCCUCAAACAUUGGUCUUAUAAUGCUGAUCUAUGUAUAACAUAGUAUAAUUUAAUUCCUAAACUACGAUUUAUUUAAACAAACUAAUAAAUUAUUUUAAUAAUAUAAGUAAAAAAUAUACACUAUAACGAGACGGAAGUGAAACCUUAUAUAAAGUUGUAGCACAGAUGGAGUGUUGCUGAUUACUGAACAUAACUGCGAUAACUGCCUUAGUUUCAUCGGACCACUCUAUGGCAAUAAACUAAUAUCACUAGAAUUGUAACUCAUACAAACAUAGUACUUAAAAUGGAUAUAUGUACUUCUAUAAACGUAUAGUAAUUUCACAAUUUUAACUACCUAUUAGAUAUGCCAUAAUAACAUUCAAAAAUAUUUAAAAUCGUAGUUACUAUUCAUUCAAUAUUAGAUUGAAAUAUUUACAAAAUUCUAAUAUUGCUUAAUCUAUAUAAAUCUACAAUUUUUGUUCCUUAUCUACUAAAAUGUUAACAAUUUAAACUAUCUAUGUAUAAUAUUGAAAAUUGAUUACUUUUAUACUAACAUUUUAGCAAGAUUGAAGUAUUUUGAGUUACAAGUUCAAUAUUGACCCAAAGACUGGAUUUUUUAUGUAGGAUUUACAUUUAUUAGUAGUAUACAGCUGAUUGCAUGUGCCAUUACAAUUACAGUUAUAACUACACUUAUGUUGUUAUAUGCGACUUUGAAAAAACAUGGUUUAGGCCCUAAGUACAGUGUUGUGUGUCGCUGUCAAUUUAUUUUAGUGUUACCAGGAAUUGAAUAAAAGAGACUGAGUAUAUUUUGCACUUGCGUCCAAAACAGUACGCAAAUUACAGGUCUCGUUAACAAUAAGACAUUUAUGAAAGUUAAAUGUGCAGUCACAGUCAAUAUAAAAAUGUUUGUAGAGUUAGACUUUUAUUCAUUUAUACAAUAACGUAGCAAAAUAGUCCAAAAUAUCUCGAUAGGACGCUAAUUGAGUACAAUUUUCUGGAAUUUGGUAUAUUAACUGUAUUAUUUUUUUACACUUAAGUAUUUUUUUUGUAUUAUUGAUUUACAGAUUUUUCAACAGUAUUUAUAAAAACAAUGCAACAACGGUAUUAAAAUUUACACUAUACCCAAUUUUAUAAAUCGAAACUGAAUGUUUAUGAGAUACUCGUAAUUAGUAAUGGCACAUGCAUAUCGGUGUUGUGUUUAAAUUCAAAAUAUGUACAGCUGACUGUUGACAGAGCGAGGGGGCCACGGCAUUCGUGCUGGUAGAUUUGUUUCACUACCCAUGUGUUACAUUAAUGCACCUACUGUUACCAGUUUAUCGCCAAUACCUUCCUAAAUAUAUUAAUAUUUACUGUUGAGCACUGGACAUGUUGUAUUUCAACUAAAAGUUGAUAAAAUCCUUGUAACGAUGCAAUAUACCAGUGGUCAGUAAUAAAUAUAUACCUGUUGUUAUUCACCUCGAAGUUCGGGCGACCAGGUGAACUAUUUAAUCUUAAGGCGAUUUAUCUGCAUGACAUGUAAUAUAUGGAUGUAUACUGUAUAGUCGAGUGCCUUUUUCUUCUUUAUUAGAGCUAAAUACUCAAUUUGUGCCAAUAUUUUUAUAUGUUUAAAUUGCAAGCACAAUUUACUUUUAGAUAAAAAUAUUGUAUUACAUUGUUACCGCGAAUACUUAGUAUGCUCUCCAACGUGAUUUGAAACAUAUUUUAGUUUCAUAUUGAAUUUUGUAACCAGCGCAAACCUAUAAAUAAAUGUUGUUCGAAUGCAGCACAACAAUUGAUUUACCGUUAAAUGUUUACCGCAUAAUUAUAUACUUUAAUAUAAUAUUCGUGGUAACACUGUACGUGUUGAUUAGUUUCACCCUUUCGUUGUGUAAAGUGGUAACCCCCUAUUUAGAAAAAAAAGUCCUAGUAACUAAAAUUUUAACUUUUAUAUCUAACCUGUAGCAAAUGUUCGUGGAAUUAUGUUCUAUAAAAAUCCAGUGUUCAUUGUCUGUGGUAUUCUUGUUAGGUGAAUGUAGCAGAUUGACAUUCCGUUGUAUAUCGUCUUGUUAAAUUUUAUAUUUAUACAAUGUAAUAUAAUUAUUAAGCUUUUGGAGUCGUAUUUAUCAUGAGUAGGCGUCAUCAUUAGUUCCCAUCCAGUAGCAAUUCAUUCGUCCAUAUCUUAGUCAUUAGUGUAGCUAUUUGGUAGAUCGAUUAUAUCUUCAGUACUUAAAAAGUACUUAAAAUAUGUGUACUUUAUGUGUAACACGGAACUGUCGUGAAUAUAUCAAAUAUAUAAUGUAAACUGAAAAUAUAUUAAUAUAGACAUACAAACAAAGCAAUACUGAAAUGGCCUUAUAAGUAAGCACAAUACAUUUCAUUUUUAUUUUGUAAACAGUAUUAUUUUUUUAAAGCAUUUUACGGACGGCAUUUUGUGAUACUUAUUAGUAUUUGAUAAAUUUUUGACGGAACAAAUACUUAUUAUAUGAACAUAGUUUUUUUUUAUUAUUAUAUUUUGUUUUCAAAUUUGUUGUGCUCUGUGUUAGUUGUAUUUGAUGAUCAUUUUCGUAAGUACCUACAUGUGGGUUGUGAUGGCAGCUUGUCUUGCCGACAACAGUGAAUAGGAUACCAAGGAUUGAAUUAGUGAUUAUCUUUCUUAAAGUUAUUUUUGGCAGCUUUACACUAGGGGUUUUAUGUUUACUAAAACGUUAUAAAGUUACAUAGUAAAUUCUCAAAUAUUACAAAAUGUACUAGAAAUAGACUGUCCCAUUACACAAUAAAAUAGAAAAUAAUUUAGCAGGACAUCGAUUUAUUAUACAAUCACUUCUUGCCGAAUCGUAUAACACAUUUUUCUUCAAAGUGAAAAGUUUAGAUAUAAUAUAUUAUGAAGAUUCUUAAGAAGUAAACUCUGUGUGAUCAUUUAAUGUUUGCAGUAGGAAUACUGAACAGUGCCUGUUGUGUCUUGCCUUAGUAAAGUGUAACCUUCUCCUCUGUUGAAUCCUUAUUGUUAUCAUCACGUGAUCCUAUGUACAUAAAUUGUAGAAUAUUCGUCAUAUAUGAUACUUUACAUAUAUAUCGUCGAAUAAACUUAUAUUAUAUGAUUAUUUAUAUCGAGUGGCAGCUGAUCCGCAAACCUAUGUAUAUAACGACCUCUUUAGUUAUAUAGUUAGUCACUGUUACGCUGUGUAUAUAGGAGUAACGUCACAACUGUUACGUCAUACAAGUGUUCUAUCAUGUUAUUUAGAAAAUUAAAACCAGCAUCACAUUACACAGUGUUGAUUUUUAUAGAAAUAUCAAUUGAUGUAAGUUUUUUCAGAACAAAAAAUAUAUAUUUCCGCCUAGGUAUUUGGAUACACAUAGUUAAGUAUUUUAAUACAAAUGCGAAAGAAAUUAGUAAAUUUUCAAAAGACCUAGAUAUAAUGCGGUAUAUUACUUAAUAACUUGUCAAAUGUGUGAACUUGCCUUUUUUGUCUUGCCCUCUGAAAAAAUGGUUCACGUUUCACAUUAAAAAAAUAUAACGUUUAUUAAAAGUAAAGUAGGAUUUUGGAAUUGAAGAACUUUAUAUAAUAACAUCUUCAGUCUUUAUUGAAUAAAUUCCUUGUGAAUCAAUUAGUCAAUUUCCAAAUAUUUUUCAUAUCAAGACCCAAGAUUCUUAUAACUGAUUGGUAGUGAUAAAUUUAUAGCUAUAUAAUCGAUAAGUACGUACAUUUAAUAUAUUCAAUUGAUGUAGGGUGUUCAAUGUGAUCUACUGUAUUACCUUUACUUGUUUUUGUGUCGUUAUUCAGUGGCAUAUAAUAUGUGUUACAAUCUUGCUAGGUAAAGACUGUCAGAUUGUCGUAUGACCAAUAAAAAUAAAGUAUCCAGCAAUUAUUGGAACAAAGAAUAAUUAGUUACAAAGUGACAAAACUACUUUUACAUCUUUACUGCUCUCUUAUAUUUUUAUGGGGUACCAUGCUCUAAACAGUCUUUAUUCCAAGGUCUAUGGUUAAACGUUGUACUUAAGCUGGUGAUAGACACUACUGUUCAAAGGAUAUCAUGAUUUAAAGGUACAAUGUGAUUCGCGGCGGAUUGGCGGGGACAAGUCUUAAACCCUUGACGGUUUUAUGUGCUCAAUUAUUUUGUAUUCGUAUUAUAAGACAAGAUUAAUACCUCAUAUUGCUGAUUCUUGACCAACUAAAAAUAUUUCCAGUCUUUUGUUAACAAACAGUAUUAAGUCUACAAGUAAUCCCGCCAAGAUUGGGACUUGAUCCCGCCGGCUCGACUAAUGUACAAUAAUGAUAAUGCAAAGACAAUGCAAGAUUUUCGUUUGUUUAAAAAGUAAGAUACAUAUUUUGCUUCUUUUUGUUUCUUAUUCUUAAUUUAUGAAGAUUAUUCGAUUUUUCUAAGCCCUAUAAACAGUAGUGUAAAAUUAAAUUAUCUGGAACAUUAAUAAAUCGUUUGUUUAAAUCAAA